AUGGAUCCCAACAACAACAACCCCUUCCGCUCGUUCGACGACUCGCUGCUGCGCGAACUCCCCCAGCUUCAAAGCCUCCGCAUCGCUCCCAUCCGCCAGCCCGUCUCCCGCCUGCUGACCGUCCCCUCCCCGCUCGAGCCCAAUGCCAGCCAGGCCAGCCAGGCCAACCAUGCCAGCCAGUCCCAAACCCCCAACCUCUCCUCCCACAAUGACUCCGCCCCUGAUCCCCGGAAGAAGGCCGACGCCGACCUGCUGAGCCUGGACCCGCUGCCCAAGCCCAUCCUGCCGGCCUUCGUCAACAUGCGUGCCCUGGAGCGCUUCCCCUACUCCUUCGACGACGACACCCUCCACUUCCGCAAACGCAGGCGUUUGGUCCACCCGGACACCUUCAGCGAGCACCUGCAGCUGCCCAUCCCCCAGGCCCAGAAGGAACAGCGCCGGCCGCCCUUCGGCCCGUUCGCCAUCCUCAACGGCCUCAAUGAGCCGCCCCCGAACGCCGCCCUGCUCCCUCCCAUCGAGCCCGGCUCCAUCACCCAGCUACUGACCAAACCCUCCCGUGUCGCGGAGCCGGCCUUGCCGGCCGCUAACCCGGUCGCAGAUCCGGUCGAGCGCAGAGAGGGCCGCAUCGAGGACAUCCUGGACUCCCCUCUUGACAAGACAACAGACAGCGACCAGAGCGACGUCGCCAGCGCGCUGCUGGACUACUCCCCGCCGGAAGCCCGCGCCGAGAAGACCGAUACCGAAGCAGACCUCAAGGACGCCUCGGCCGAGGACAGCAACGAGCCGCUGUCGCCGAAAACGCGAGGACGGUCGCGCAAGAACCUGCGCAAGUGGACCGAGGAGGAGACCACGGCGCUGCUCCGCGGCGUGGUCAAGUGCGGGAUCGGCAACUGGACGGCGAUCCUGGCACAGCCCGAGCUGAAGUUCAACAAGCGCAGUGCGUCCAACUUGAAAGAUAGAUUCCGCGUCUGUUGCCCCUGGGCCUACCGGGCGGCGGACCCCAACGAGGCCACGAAACAGCUGCAUGACACGCUCGCCAACGCCCUCUCGCGGGCUGAGAACGAGGGCUCCGACGGCACCGCGGGGAAGAUCCAUCUGCCCCGCCCGCGUCCCAACGAGCACACCCCGGUCCCCCUCGAGCCGGCCAAAGAGACUGACAAAGCCAAGCCCAAGCCCGCCUCCAAAACCACCCCGACUCUCACCAGUCGAUCCCAGUCGACCCUCGCGUCGUUGGGCAUCCCGGAGCCGCACUUCACGAUGAAAUCGCGCCGCCGCUCGCGCCGCCCGUUCACCGACGUCGAGGACGAGGCCCUACUGAAGGGCUACGCCGUGCACGGCUUCCAAUGGACGCUGAUCCAGCAGGACAAGCGACUGAACCUGAGCCACCGCCGCGCGACGGACCUGCGCGACCGCUUCCGCACCAAGUUCCCGCACGCGUACCGCGACGGCGGCUCCGUCAGCGGGCGCACGUUGCACAAGGACGGCCUGAAGAGGAGCCGGCGACAGUCCAGCAAGAGCGGUCCGACGACGGGCCACGGACCCAUCGAUCCGGCGCUGUCGCCGCCCGCCCCGCCGCAGCUGCUGGAGUCGGCGGCCGGUGCGUUUCCGUUUCCGUUGGACGAGAAUACCGCCGCGGUGGACGCGACCUGGGCGGAUAACACCCUGCCGCCGAUGAUGUGGGAUGAUUGAGAUGAUUGAGAUGACUGGUUGUGGUUGUGGUUGUGGCGCCAAUUAAUUUUCGGGUGUCUCGUUUGAGACUUUGUGAUGAUGACGAGUCGAGUCGAUAGGAAUGUUGUACUGACUACUACUGACUAACCUCUAUGCUUAGUUUAUACGUGGUGAUCGUGCCUCUGAUAGAUCUGGUCCCUGAUCUCUGAUAGAUACGAUAAACCCUAGAUACCUAUACCUAGAACAUAGAUACCCCGAACCUCUGC